AUGCCAUUAAUCAUUCACAACUCAAAAAACAAACACAACAAUACUAUAGAAGUUUCUCCUCUAACCCAACCCAACUUUCUUUCUGUUUAACUCUUCCUUCUAAAGCUCAAAUCUUUUUCCACUUCCAUUGAUAAAAAGACAAGCUUUUGUUGUUUGAAAGCUCAUUAUUUGAUGAAGAAAAUCUUGGUGAAACUUUUUGUUACAAGUUUUGAGGUUUAGAUCAAAAUGGGUUUUGUUUACAACAAAUUUUUUGUUAUUUUCUUGUCCAAAUUUUCUGUUUUGUAUCCUAAUCUUGUCUAGAUCUGUUGAUGGUGUGUUCAGUUUUUUUCUGUUACUAGAAACAAGAAAGCCCAUUUGUCUAUAUUUUUGGCAGGUCAUAGUGAUAUAAAUAUAUAUUAAGACAGACUUUCUUGAAUUUUGAAGAAUUAAAGUUUGAUCUUGAGAGAGGGGGAGCAAGAAAGGAUGGAUAUUGAUGAUUUUAGAUCAAUAUUGGAGAGUUCAGGUGUUGACGUUUGGAAUUUUAUUGAUACAGCAAUUGAUGUGGCUUCUUUGGAUUUUGGGUCUGAAUUGAAGAGAAGGAGAGAUGAUAUUGUGGCGAGAUUAUUUGCAGCAUCAAGCUCAUGUAGUAGAUGUAGGGACCGGAGUUUUGAUGAUAUUGACAUUAACAAUACUGCUAAUGGGAAUGGAAUGAAGGAUCUUGCAGAGAAAGAGAGUAGCCAUGAAGAAGAGAAAGGGAGAAGGGUGUAUGCAGAUUCUCCAGUAACACCAAGGUCCGUUAAUGGUGAUGGUGAUGAUGAGGAACUGGAUCCGUUUGGAGGGUUGUUUGAUGAUGAGCCGAAGAAGAUUUUGGAUAUCAAGCAACAGCUUGAAGAUCUUGACCAGCCUGAAGAUUCUUUGGUUGAUUUGCUUCAAAGUUUAGCAGAUAUGGAUAUCACAUUUCAGGCACUUAAGGAGACUGAUAUUGGAAGGCAUGUGAAUCGAUUGCGAAAGCAUCCAUCUAAUGAUGUUAAGAGAUUAGUGAAGCAACUUGUCAGAAAAUGGAAAGAAAUUGUAGAUGACUGGGUGAGGUUGAAUCCACACGGAGAGCGUGCAUCCUCUGGUUUAAUGGCUUACGGGGACUCACCUCAGCAGAAGAUUCCCCAGAAUGGUCGUCACCAGGUUCCUGAUUUUGCAUACUCUCCCAAUCCUCACAAUGGGAGUUCUGGAUCAGAUAGGAAUAAUUCUGAACCAGAAAGAAAACCGAAACUGGCUCCUCCUCGAAAUGAAGCUCUGACCAAACCUAUUAAAAAAUCAGUUCCUGCAUCUUCAUCUGCUCCUCACAAUGUACAGAGACAAAGAGAACAACCGAAAGAGAACAAAUUUGAUGCUGAUCAAAAGUUUGCCUCGGCAAGUAAAAGGCUUCAAGCGAAUUAUAAGGAAGCUGAAAAUGCCAAAAAACAAAGAACAAUUCAAGUGAUGGACAUUCACGAGAUACCGAAACCCAAGAAUAAGAAUACCUUCUUUGCAAAGAACAGAGGUGGUGGCUCUCAUCAAGGGAGGCACUGGUGAUUUUUGGCAAAGAGAUCACACAAUGACCUCCAUACUUGAAAUCUAAGGACCUGUGGGGGGCACUGGAAAGCCUGAGUCCAUUUUAUCCUUUUAUAUUGUUUCUUUAAGAGGGGAAAACCUCUAAUUUUUUUCUUAUGAUAAGAAAAAACCCUUAAUAUAGCUCAUUGGAAAAUAGGUUUUUGAGGUUCUCAUUUGAAAACAAAAGGAAAGCAAUAUUCCUUAAUUUGCCCUCAUCCCCCAUCAUAGAAAGAACCCUUCAAGGAGCUCAUAAGAAAAUAGACUACUGUUGAGGUUCUCAUCGACAAACUGCCAUGUGAGUGAUGAGACUAGUUGGCCUAGUUGGACAUUGUUUUUUCGGCAUAGAUAAAGUUUUUCUAAGGUUUGUCUGGAUUCUUCCAUCA